AUGCACCGGAAAAAGAAGGCCGCUGCAGAAGCGGUUGGAGAGGCAGCCGGCGUCUGCCGUCACAACGAGUCCCAGCGCUGGUUGGACAUGCGCGUCGGCUCGCCCGAGGACUGCUGUCGCGACCCUCCCGUCGUGACGCAGCCUCCGACGAGCUCUGCAACCGAGGAGGGUGCGCCUCCCCUCACUGCUGGCCUGGCUGCGCACCGCCCCACAAAGCACCCCCUCGAGCAUCUCUACAAGUACAAGUACAAGGGCGACCUUCUCCAAGUCGUCAACACGCCCGGCGGCUCCGACAAGACUUUAGCCUUGGCCACCCUCCUUGCGGAGCAGGAGGAGAUCCGCUCUCGGUCGGCAACGUGGCAGCUAGCCGCCGCUCUCCUCCGCGCGCUCGCUCAGGACGACGUCUCCUCUGUGUCCAAGCUCCUGUCAACUCCCGUCUCUUAUCCGCCCGCGACUCUCGUUUCGGCGAGUGGCCGAGCCGCAAGGGGUUGGAACUGGUUGCACGUGGCGGCUGCCCACGGUGCGCCGGCCACGCUUCAGUGGCUGAUCUCCUCCGGAGCGCCCGGGGUCGGGGCUGUCCAUCAGCGCGCUGGCGACGGUCGCACUCCGCUGCUCAUCGCGGCGGAGCACAGCCACGCCGAAGGCAGUGACUGCGAGGCGCUGGCGGCGCUGCUGCGUUGCGGCGCCGCCGCAGACGUCGCUCGCAAGCCGGACGGUGCGACGGCGGCGCAUCUGUGCUCAGCGCGCGGCUGCUCGCGGCAGCUGCUCGAGUGUCGCGCCAGCGUGAGCGAGCGCGACGGGGCGGGAGGGACGCCGAUGCGGUACGCCUGUCGCUCCGGCUCGCGCCGGGUGGUCAGCACCCUCCUCUCCUACGGCGCCGACCCGCGCUGCUUCGCGGCGGCCGUCGCAGCGGCUCUGCGCGCCGUCUCCGCAGAGGCUGCGACCCGCAGCGGCGCUUCCGCGCUCGGGGCGCCAGCGACGCUUGCGUCGGCACGGCGGUACGCGCGGCUGCUCGCUUGCCUGGCGCUGGGCGGCGCGCCGGUGCGAGCUGCCGACCUCGAGGCGCUGCGCCUUGGGAUGCGCGAGGCGGAGCUGCUCUGGGCGGGAGCAGAGCCGCUGCGGCCGAGCGCGGGCGGCGGCGGCCAAGCGGUGCCAUCGCUGUGGGCCCUCGCGCAGCGCGCGUCUGCGAACGGUCUCUCGGCCGAGACAGUGCUCCCAGCGCUGCGCAUGGCCGCCUGCCUCGGCGCGCGCCAGCUGCAGUACGAGUGCGAGCGGUUAGUCGUGCAGAACGCGGCCGCGCUGGGUGUCGACCGAAGCCUCCUCGUGGCGCUCCUCACCAACGCGCUCGGCCGUCACGCGGCAGUGGCGGCGGCGGUCGCCGCCUCGGGAGAGCCCAGGAGCGGCGGCUUGAGCAGUCAGUGGCGGGCCGUGGCGGCGGGCGCAGAGCAGGACCUCUUCACUCUGGCGCCGAGCAGCGACGAUGAGUCGGCUUCCAGCAGCGGCGCGAGCGGAGGGGAGGGGAGUGAGGCUGGGGACGAGGCCGGGGAGGCCAGCACCCUGGUCGGCAGCAGCGCCGCGAGCGUGACGUCUCAAGCCUAUUUUGCUGUCCGCGAGCCGCCCCCACCGGGCGCCGUCCCGCCGCCUCCGGCGCGAUGGCGCGGAGCGCCGGACACUAACCACCCAUCGCAAAUUUAA